AGAAGCAUUUACGUAUUUCUUCUUCAUUGCUUUGUUUGGUUGUUUGUUGGAUACCCAACAGCGAUGCCGCGCACCAGCACCAGCAGCCGCAGCCGCAGAGGCAGAGGCGGCGCGACAGCAGGUGAUGGUGGCAGUGGCAAGCGCUACGCCGCCACGGUGGAGAAGGGCGAGAACGCAUGGAGGCGCGAGUGGAGCAGCUUCAUGUCGGGUGUGAACCUGAAGCGGCUGCGGGAUGGCACGAGCGGGGUGUCCCUGAAAGCGUCAGCGGACAUUGAACGGCAACUCGAGACCAGUCCAACCGCAACGGCAGCAGCGUCAUCACCGCACGGCCGCUCUGCGCGUGGAAGCGGGGGUGGCGCAGGUGACGUCGGCGUGAACGGCGACGGCAUCCCCCUGAACGCAGGGGCCGCCAGCGCGAGUUUCUCGUACCUGUUUUCGUCCCCGGCUGAGCGCCGUGCUGAGCGUGAGGCUAGCGAACGCGCUGACAAGGAGCGACGACGCGCGGAGAAGCUGGAGAGGAUGGCGAAGUCCGACCCGCUGAGCGUGUUAAGCAAGCACCAGCGCGCGCUGCAUGACGCGACGCAGCGUGGACUGCAGUUGGAGGGCAUGAACCGCAAAGCCCGCCGCGACUUUCUGCACUUGACGGUCUCGGAAGCGGCGCAGAAAGCCGAGGAGCAGUCCCGCGAGUUUAAGCUGCACGACUUGAUGGAUGAGAAACUUGCGUGGUAUCAGCAAGGGCCGCACCCCGUCGACCUCAUUGCGGAAAAGCUGGUCCGCCGCAAAGCUGAAAAGAAAGCGAAGCAGCUAGGGCUGAAGUACAAUUACUUAGCCCCGCACGCGUCGUGGCUGGCGAAGCGGGCACAGCGGCGGCGCGAAGGCUUACUGGUGGGCCUCGGAAAGCGUCUGGUGUUUAAUGAGGAAAAAGCGGACGAGGCGGGUGGCGGUGGCGGAGGGGACACGACCGUCAUGACGGUGACGGACCCACUGCGUCAACGUACGGUGCCGUUGUGCGAGAUGCGUCUUUUGCUGACACCAACGACCGUCAUCCCAGUCGCAGCGGCGGACGAGGAAGCGGCGGCGGCGGCACCGGCGAUGCAGAAAGAUAGCGACAGCGACGACGAAAACGCCGAAAAGACACAGCAUAAGAAUGGUAAUAGUAAUGAUGAUGAUGGCAAUGCAAAGGGGAAGGGGAAGACGCCAGAUGGACAUAAUGACGAGCGCGACAAGAAAUCUUCUGGAACGGGGAGCGUCGCGGCGGCGGCUCGUCUGCCGGAUGUCGGGGUACUGCAGGACCCUUCCCAUUUGACCACUUCGUUUGUGCGCCGCGUCGUGCGAGACCGGGCAACGGCGGUGGCCAUCCAGCAAAUGAACCGCACGACGACUUUCCUGAGCUCUGACUUAGUGAAUGGACCGAGCCUGACACCCGAGGACACCUCCUUGGCAAAAGGGCUGCCGAGUCACGCACUGACGAGGUCAACGGCGGUGUCCGCGUCGUCUGCGGGCAAACCAAAACGGCCCACGCGGGCACCCGCCGCGCCGUCCUUCUCGCCCUACGCCACCCCAGUCUUUGAGGACGAAACGGGGGACGCGCAGUCGGCCUCCGCCGCGAGUGACGUGGCCAGUGCUCCUCCAGAGCGGCGCAAGCGCGUGCGAACACACGGCGAUAACGAUAAUGAUGAUGAUGGCAGCGAAGGUGAGGCAGCGCCGUCGAGAAGAAAGAAGGAAGACAUGAGGAAGACGACGAAGGAACCGAAGGCGAUGAAGGCAGCUCACACGAAGAAGUCCUCGUCCCUUCUACCUUCAGCAGCGGCAACAGGGAAGGCAAGAGCGUCAGAGAGAAGUUCAAAAGCUAAGAAGUAG